GUCGGAGAAAAAGAAGAGAAAUAAUGGAGAAGCUCUCGGGGCUAAGCCACCUCUUCGCAACUAUCUUCCUCCACAACUUCGCCACGUUUAUGGUGCUUUCGGCCAUCACCGACGUCACAAUGGCCGCCCUCUGCCCUGGACAAGACGAGUGCUCUAUCGCCAUUUAUCUCUCCGGAUUUCAACAAGCCAUCACAGGAUUGGGAUCGCUUGUGGUGAUGCCUUUGAUGGGUAAUCUCUCAGACAAGUAUGGAAGGAAGGCUUUGCUCACUGUACCAAUGACUCUCACCAUAAUUCCUCUAGCUAUAUUGGCUUGCAGCAGAACGAAGAGCUUCUUCUAUGCCUACUACGCGCUCAAGACUCUCACAGCCAUCUUUUGUGAAGGCAGCGUCCAUUGCCUCGCCCUUGCUUAUGUGGCGGACAAUGUUCCAGAGGGCCGACGAGCGUCGGCGUUCGGAAUUCUAUCCGGAAUCGGAUCCUGUGCCUUCGUCUGCGGAAACCUUUCCACUCGCUUUCUCUCUACUUCUUCCACUUUCCAGGUUUCGGCGUCAAUGGCGAUUGCGUCGACCGUUUACAUGACAGUUUUUCUCCCCGAUUCAAUCAUAGAUGAAAAUCUUUCUAUUCCGAUCAUGUCAACGGCGAAAGUCGAGAGUAUUACCGGUUCAGAUGAUGGUUCAGCUAAGAAGCAGCAGGUGUUCAAAACAUUGCCCUCGAUAGAGGAUAUAAUUGCCUUGUUAAAGAGCAGCUUGACAUUUACACAAGCAGCAAUUGUUUCAUUUUUCAUCAAUCUGGCAGAAGUGGGUCUCCAUGCUUCAUUACUGUACUAUUUAAAGGCCAGGUUUCAUUUCAACAAAGAUCAGUUUGCCGAUUUAAUGGUGAUUUCUGGCAUUGCAGGGACUAUAUCCCAGAUGCUUAUCAUGCCCAUGUUGGCUCCCGCUAUAGGAGAAGACAAAUUACUCUCAAUAGGGCUCUUCUUUGCCAGUGUACAUAUGUUGCUCUACAGUAUUGCAUGGUCCUUCUGGGUUCCUUAUGUAGCUGCUAUGUUAUCCGUAUUCUUUGUUCUUUCACAACCAUGUAUAAGGAGCAUUGUGUCCAGACAAGUUGGCUCUUAUGAACAGGGAAAAGCUCAAGGAGUCAUUACAGGCAUCGGUUCCUUAGCAAAUGUUAUUUCUCCUUUGGUUUUCUCCCCCUUGACAGCUCUGUUCCUGUCUGAAAGAGCACCCUUUAGUUUUCCUGGUUUCAGUAUUAUGUGCAUUGCAUUUGCUUCAAUGAUAGCAUUUGUGCAAAGUUUGAUCAUAAGGUUGGCUCCUCAAAUUUCAGAACAGAGAGCUGGCAACCGCAACUGCGUGGAACCCUAGUUAGGACUGUGAAUUCUAAAUCUUUCUAGACAAUGUCGCUACUUCCCAGAUCUCCAUUAAUACAGCAUAUUAGCCACAAACAAGAAAACCACAAGUAGAACUUCAAUCGCCGCUAGUACCAACCUUUAAAUUUUUGUUCACGGCAGGAAACAAUAUUGACCUUGUUUUCACUUUUGGCUGAUGCCGUGUAUAAUUCAUGGUCUCUGUUUUGAAUUAGAUGGAAAGACACAUGUUGGUCACCUUGUAAUGAUGGUAUUCUGCGGAGAAACAGCAUUUGAGAAGCAGACUCCAUUGAAAUUAUUGUUACAAUUUGAACUUUGAGGUUCACCCUUCUGAAAUUCGUGUUGUGACCUUUACCAUUAAUUUUUGCCUUCCUUCUAUCACUCUAGAGAAAUCCCAUCUCCAUUCUUCUUCUUCUUCAUCCUCCUCUUUCCGUGAGCAAGAGUAGAAAAAUAAUUGUAUAUCAUACAGGAAACAGGAUUACUUAG